CUCAAAAAUAGUCUAUGAAUAAUUUCAUUAUCUGUUAUAUAAAACAACCAAUUUUCUUUUUCUCCACUUCUUAUUACAAGAUAGUUCUCUUCAAUUAAACGAUCAAUCAAACAAUGGCAAAAAAACUCACUCCUUGGUUCUUAAUUACCUACACUAUUCUUGUUCUUUGUUCUUUUGUUUCAGGUCAACAAACUCUACCACUACCAUACAAAUUUAACUCUUCCGAUCAAAUAUUAGUUAGUUUUACGACACAAAAAUUUACUGGAGCUUCCACCCAAAUUUUUGUUAAUUAUACAUCCGCAGUUGCUCUACCUGGAGUAACUGUAUCGGAACUCUGGCGAGUUGAUCGUAAAGGUGAUGUAUUGGUAGAUGCCAUUUUUGUUGACAAUGUCAAGCGGAGUAGAAGGCGGUCUUGGAAAGAAGUACCUAGUUCAGGAAGCAUAUAUUAUGUUGUAUUUAAAUACAUUACUACCAAUUCGGAUAAUGCAUUUGCAUUGGGAUUUAUAGACCAGGAACCAACUGAAUAGUAACGAUUCUUUUUUUUUUUGAAAUCCUUGUUUGUUUUUUUUUUUGGAGAACACGUUAUUUGAAAACGCUUUUUCUUAUUUUUAUUUUUUUUUAGUUUCAAACAACUCGUAUGCAUUUAGUUAUUUGUAUUACGGCAUUAAGAAAUUAUCCGAAUGUAAUUAAUAAAUAUUAGUCACUUGUAAAACACAACACGUUUAAAAAAUCA